AUGAAGAAAUACUUUGAAUGGCAUUUCAUCUUCACCUUGAGUGGUAUGAUUUUAUCCUUUGUUUACUUUUUUAUGAGAAUUAUUUUACAUGAGUUAAUUUUUUCUUUUAUUAUUGAGAAGGUCUAUUGUGUAUAAAUAUCCUUUUUGCUAAGAUUUAGCCCAUAUUACUAUUUAAUUAUAUUUUGGAGAGUAGGAUAUAUUGUUCCAAGCAUAAGUUUUAAAAUUCUUAAUAUUUCCAUUAGUUAUUUCAUUUGUUACAACAGUUUUAGUUAUAUAGUUAUAAAUUAGCAAAUUUUUCUUAUAAUACAAAGCAACGUGAGUAUUAUCAUGCAAAUAUAAAAUUUAUAUAGAACGUUUAUCAUCUGA